CAGCUGGGAUGGAGCAGAAGUGUGCCUGGCGCCGCAGGGCACACAGCUGACUCUGCGCACCACCACCGCUUCGCCUAGCGCCGCCAGACACCAAAGGUGCCACCGAAGCUGCCUGGACUGAUCGCGCCAGGCGGUCAGCUCCACCCGCUCCUCCCGCAGCCCACCAGGCGGAAGAGGAGCUGCCCGUGACCGACGCACUUGGUCAGCCCCAGGAAACUCUUCCCUAGCCGCGUCCAGCUCGGUACCGAGCGCCGGAGUAACAUGGUCUGCAAGGCGCUCAUCGCUCUCUGCAUCUUCACCGCAGGACUGAGGGUCCAGGGUGCAUCGACAUCAGCCCCCUCGCCUGUUUCUCUUAUGACAAAAAUUACCCCACCUCCAGCCACCUGGACUACCUCUGCACAAAACACGGCUAUGGCCACCACCCCCGUAGCCAGUGGUACUCACAAUGCCUCCGUUAUCCCCACUACUGCUACAUCGCUGACAUCUCAGCUUCCCAAGGACAAUUCUACUGACCCCAGAGAAGAGGCUGUCACCAGCCCGGCUUCGAAGAGGAAUAACAGCAACACAGACUCUUCACCUACCAGCUUCUCCUCAACGAGCAGCAGUGUCCACUUGACACCCACACCCAUGGAACAGAGUCCUGGCAGUCCUGAAACAAGUGUGCCAGCCACUGAGUCACAGUCCCCCACGCCCGUUUCUUCUCAGGCUCCAACCUCAACAUCCCCAUCCCAGACCACUUCCCCACCUGAGUCUCUUUCUGCCUCCGUUACCUCUAAUCACAGCUCCACUGUGACCAGCAACCAGCCCACAGAAGCUCCAAUGGCACCUGCGUCCCCAACAGAGGGGCCUAGUUCUCGUCACACACCCACUUCCCAUGUCACAGCAGAGCCAGCACCCAAGGAGAAGGUGCCCCAAGAUACUGAGCCUGGCAAAGUGAUCUGUGAGUCUGAGACCACCACCCCCUUCCUGAUCAUGCAAGAAGUGGAGAACGCCUUAAGUUCAGGCAGUAUCGCCGCCAUCACCGUGACGGUCAUCGCUGUGGUGUUGUUGGUGUUCGGAGCUGCGGCAUACCUAAAGAUCAGGCAUUCCUCCUACGGAAGGCUGCUGGAUGACCAUGACUACGGGUCCUGGGGGAACUACAACAACCCACUCUAUGACGACUCCUAACAAAGGGAGGUGUCUGGGGGACAAGAAAUAGCUGUCCUUUAUUUAUAAGUGCUUAUCCAGUAGAAUUAAUAACAAGUACCUGAUGCUCAUUGACUGACAAUCGCAAGCCCUGUUUUGUUGGUAUGGUUGUUUUUUUUUUGUUUUUUCCUCCCUCUCCUCUGGCUGCUACUACCACAUCCCCCUACUGGUACAAAAGAACCAUUUCAUAAAGGCCAGUGGAGGCCAAUUUGCAGCUGACAUGGCCGUCUCUGCACUGACCAGGCCAGACACCAUGAGGUGGAGGCUGCAGCCCCCACCACAGGACCCAUUUUGGAAGGAUUUGAGGAAAAGGGCUCAGGUUGCCUUGUUGGGGAUUUAAUUUUAGGGGAACUUUUGGUUUGGGUUAUUUCUUCAACUUCUCUAGAGGCAAUUACAUGAAGUAUCUAUCAGUGGGGAGAAAAGGAAUGUGUCCCUGGAGGCUAUCACCCUGUGUAGAGGAAGCAAGGGAUUCUUGAUUUCUUUGUAAUCCCUGGCUGUUUGCCUGGCUGUAUCAGACAGGACGCCUACUUGGUCCUACAAGCAGAGAGACGACUCUUAGCUGCCUAAUUAAGGAAAGAUCAAAGAGGGCUGUGCCCAGGAGAGCAGCAGGCCAGAGCAAAGCAGCAUGGCGGGCCGCUG